GAGUGGGACAGCAUAUUAGACAAAGGGAGCAGAGUGGGAGAGAGGGGCAGUUCGGAUUGAGAAUUAGUGUGAAAGGCACUGGACAUGAAGGGAACAAUAAAUGUAAACAAGGGUGAUGAGCCUCAUGAUAACCCUCAUCAUCGUCACGUCGUUUUUCAUUCACUACUCCCAAUAAUCUCCCAGAAUUCCACGCUUCAUACCUCCUUCCUCCUCUUUGCUUUUCUUUCUUUCUUUCUUUUUUCCCUUUCUCUUCCUUCUUCACACACACAAUCUCUCUCUCUCUUAGCCUCCUAGUAGUCAACCUCAUCUCCUCUCCUCACUUUGUCCCAUAUUCAACCAACCAACACCAUUCUCCCUCUUUCUCUAUAGACAAAUCAUGUGUGUUUAGAUACAAGUUGAAGUUGAGUUAAUGUGAAAAUACUUUCAUCUCAUAAUAUAGGAAAGUCUUAUUUAUAUUUUGACUCGAAAUAAGUGCUAACAUUGGUUAUCCCCAUAUCUUUCAAUGUCUCGGACCCAAACACUUGAUUCACCUCAACUAACUCACUUUGAAUAAUGAGCUACCUUCUUUUCUUAGCAUCAAUCCAUGCCAUAUAUAACCCUUGUCUACUUUUCAAUUGAACUAGCUAGGGAUUACCAUUUUUUAGUCCAUCCACCUUCACAUCACACCCCUUGCAAUUGCAUGCCCUGCACUACACACUCAUUUCUUUCCCUUUUUAUUUUCUCAACUUCAGCCCCAUUCUGGUAGUACUCCACCUAUAUUUCAAUUCCCACUUUUGCUUUAAUUCCAUUCCCCUUCAUUAUUAUACAUGUUAAUUUCAUCUGAUUGUUUCUUUCUGAAUACCAUAUAUAGCUACUAGCUUCAUCAUUCUGCGAUUAAUUUCUAAGGCACAGAGUCACAAAAACCCUAGCUUUUUCUCUUUGAUUAUAAGUACUCAUCAGCAGCAAUGUGGAUGGUGGGUUACAAUGAAAGUGGUGCUGAAUUCAACAUGGCUGAUUAUCCAUUCAAUGGAAGAAAACUCAGGCCUCUCAUGCCAAGGCCAGUGAGUACUUCUCCAAACAACACUAAUUCAACUACAAACACCAGUCCUUGCUUAAGAACCAUUCAUCAUGGAAAUGAUUUCUUUUCACAAUAUCAGAAUCUGGCAUCAGUGACAGAGCAGAACAAGAGAGAGUUCAACACUCCACCCGUUGUGGUGAGCUCAAGGUGGAAUCCUACACCAGAACAGCUAAGGGCACUGGAAGAAUUGUACAGAAGAGGAACAAGAACACCAUCUGCAGAACAAAUCCAGCAAAUCACAGCACAGCUUAGAAGGUUUGGGAAAAUUGAAGGGAAGAACGUUUUCUAUUGGUUUCAGAAUCACAAAGCAAGAGAAAGGCAGAAGCGCCGCCGUCAAAUGGAAUCAGAAGCUGAGGGUCCGCCCCGUGACUUUGAAAGUUCUCAUCAUGACAAGAAAGACUUAGGCGCAAGUAGGACAGUGUUUGAAGUUGAACAGACCAAGAACAACUGGCCAUCCUCCACAAACUGCACUAGUACUCUUGCAGAGGAAUCUGUUUCAAUUCAAAGUGCAGCAGCAAAAGCAGUGGUUGCUGCAGAGUGCAGCAGAACAGAUGGAUGGCUCCAAUUCGAUGAAGGGGAAUUACAGCAGCAAAGAAGAAACUUUAUGGAAAGGAAUGCCACGUGGCGCAUGAUGCAGUUUCCUUGUCCUCCUCAACCUCCCCACUUCAUUAACACACCUCCUCAAUAUGCCUCUACAACUAGCAUGGCCACAGUAACAGCAGCUAGACUCAUGGACCAAAAACUCAUUAAGACUCAUGCAGAUCUCAGCUUCUUCAUUUCACCUCACACCAGAGAAAACAACAGCAUUAUCCACUUAAGCAGUUUCACCACUGAGGAUAAUGUUGAAUCUCAAACCCUUCAACUUUUCCCCUUGCGGAAUGGAGAUGGUAGCAGUGAAAACAGCAAUCAACAUCACAAAGAGACAGAGAUAUCGGUUUCAGCAAUGAAUGCACCAAGCCAGUUUUUUGAGUUUCUACCAUUGAAGAAGUACUGAUUAGAAAGAAAAACUUGCUCUUAGAUGUUGUAGUUUUAUUGGAAAAUAGCAAUGCUUUUAUUGUUAUUGAUGUUAUGUUUCAAGAAAUUGGUGGUGUAACAGGACACUGAGUUUGAAUGAGGUAUUUUACUUUAAAAUGCAUCUGGACUAUGUUGGUUGGAUCAUCAAGAAAGAGUAUUUAAAUC